ACGCGUUCCCAUUCCUUUGUUGGGAAAAGUUAAAGAGGAACUGGAAAGAAUGGAGUCAAUAGGGGUGAUCAGCAGAGUUGAAGAGCCAACUGAAUGGUGCUCAGGUAUGGUCCCAGUGCCUACUAAGAGUGACUCAGUGCGCAUAUGUGUCGAUCUCACCCACCUCAACGAAGCAGUGUGCAGAGAAAAGUACAUCCUGCCUUCAGUUGAACAGACACUUGGAUCCCUGACUGGAGCAAAAGUCUUCAGCAAGCUCGAUGCAAACAGAGGCUUCUGGCAGGUUCCAUUGGCACCAGAGUCAGCACACUACACAACAUUCAUUACCCCAUUCGGACGCUUCCAUUUUAACAGACUUCCGUUUGGAAUUGCCUCAGCCCCGGAGCAUUUUCAGCGGAGAAUGUCAAUGAUUCUCAAUGGGCUGCCUGGCGUGGUUUGUCACAUGGAUGACAUCCUCAUCUGGGGGAAGGACCAACCAGAACACAACGCCAGACUUCACACAGUGCUAAACAAACUUCAAGCGGCCGGUGUCACGCUAAACAUGGACAAGUGUGAACUGAGCACGCAACAGGUGAAGUUCCUGGGACACAUUUUGUCUGCUGAGGGAGUCAGACCAGACCCGGACAAAAUAAGAGCUGUGAUAGCAAUGAAGGAGCCGUCAAAUGUCAGUGAAGUGCGCAGCUUUCUUGGAAUGGUUAACCAGUUAGGAAAGUUUAUCUCUGGUCUGGCUGAAAAAGACAAGCCCCUGAGAGACCUGCUGUCAAAGAAAAACCAGUGGGUUUGGAGCCAUGCGCAGCAGAACGCUUUUGAUCAGUUGAAAAACGAGCUGGCAUCCACUCCCGUUCUCACGCUCUAUGACCCAAACAAGGACUUGAAAAUGUCGGCAGAUGCCUCGUCUUAUGGACUUGGAGCAGUCCUAUUCCAGAAGGAGAGUGAGGAGUGGAGACCAGUAGCAUAUGCUUCACGUUCCUUAACAGAGACUGAGCAGAGAUAUGCACAGGUGGAAAAAGAAGCGCUUGGAUUAACGUGGGGAUGCGAAAGAUUCAAAGACUUUCUCAUCGGGAGACAUUUUUCCCUAGAGACUGACCACAAGCCACUUGUCAGCCUGUUGGGACAACAAGCACUAACAGAACUUCCACCCAGGAUUCAACGGUUCAGACUACGGCUCAUGAGGUACAGUUACUCUAUCUCACACACCCCAGGAAAAGCACUUCUCACUGCGGAUACACUGUCACGCGCACCUGUCAAUCAAGAGACAGACUCUAAAGCUACGGAGGAACUACUAAAUGAUACAAACAUCUAUGUGAACGAAAUAGUCAAAAACCUACCUGCUAGCUCGACAUAUAUCACACAAUUAAAAGAAGAGCAAAAAAAUGACAGUGUAUGUUCGGAACUCAUGUCAUUUUGCCAGAGAGGCUGGCCAGACUACAGCCGUCUCAUAGGUCCAAUCAAAGCUUAUUGGCCACACAGAGACACAUUAACAGUCCAUGACGAACUGUUAUUGAAAGGCACCAGACUUGUUAUUCCUACCACUAUGCGCGACAAAGUCCUGGUAGCUCUCCAUGAGGGACAUCAGGGCAUGUCAAGAUGCAGACAGAGAGCGAAAGAGGCAGUGUGGUGGCCUGGUUUGAGUAGCCAAAUAAAUGAGCUUGUGAAAAACUGCACCACGUGCAUUAAAGAACGUGUCAAUCCAGUGGAGCCUUUAAUGCCCAGCGAGCUUCCAGAGAGACCAUGGCAAAAAGUAGGUGCAGAUCUUUUUACACUCAACAACAGCAACUACGUACUUCUGGUGGACUACUAUUCCAGAUUCGUGGAGAUAGCUAAACUGACACCCACUAGAUCAGAAGACGUUAUAGUACACCUAAAGUCAAUUUUUUCCAGACAUGGUAUUCCGGAAUUCUUCUACAGUGACAACGGACCUCAGUUCUCUAGCCAACAGUUCAAAGAUUUUGCUGCAGCCUACGGUUUCAGACAUGUAACCAGCAGUCCAAGGUUUGCACAGAGCAAUGGUGAGGCUGAGCGUCAUGUCCAAACUGUUAAAGGACUACUCAAGAAGGCAAAAGACCCGUAUCUUGCACUGUUAGCUUACAGGGCGACCCCUUUGGCUAAUGGAUAUAGCCCAGCUCAACUUCUAAUGGGAAGAAGACUUCGCACUCCAGUGCCCCAGCUCCCUUCGUUGCUUGUUCCCAGACUACCGAACAAGGGCUUUGUGGCGUCGAGGGAAGGGGAGAUGAAGUUGAAAUACAGUGAGGGGUACAACAGGCGACAUCGUGUGCGAGAUCUUCCUCAACUGUCACCAGGACAACCGGUCCUUCCGGAGCCAUCAGGAGAAAUAGACAUCAUCUACUGGCAAUGCCGGAAACUACACCAAAGAUGGCAAUCCCAAGUACACCUAUCAGUCCAACAGAGGAUACCUUACCAACACCAAACAUAAACAGUAAAAGACAGAACACAGAUCAACACAACGCCAUCAGCCCUUCAGUGUCUGUGGGGAGUCAUCAUUUCAAUUCCUUGGUUGAGUCGUCCAAGCUCUCUGCCAGCGCUCCAGAGUUUGUCCCAACCGCUGGGUACCAAAAUGACGCUUUCUAUGAGGACAGUGAUGACACUCGCAGUGCUCCGACCUUGGCUGACAUGGUGCGGGAUUUCCUUUGCCACCUGAGCUCCUCGCCGGGAAUGUUUGAGUCGGACGUUGAACACAUAACUAGCGUGCUUAAUUCGUAUGUUACGACCGUGCAGUUGUUGGCAGAACUGGUGGAGUUGAUCUACACAGAGUCCACCGCCAUCCCCAACUUCGCUUACACGGGCGCACGACUUUGCAACUAUCUGUCCCAUCAUCUCAACCUCAGCCCACCCGGUGGUAACUUUCGCCAGCUGCUCCUGCAAAAGUGUCAAAAAGAAUUUAUGCAGAGAGACGUCGCCGUGCAAGGAGACCCUGAAACACAGAAAAGGUUCCACGCAUUUGCGCUCUUUCUUGGUGAGCUCUACCUUCAUCUGGAGCUGAAGAGUGGCAACGGAAGUGUAACUCGAGCCAACGUCCUCCUGCUGGCAUUGAAAGACCUGUUGAACUCGCUGCUCUCCAAUCCGGUGGACGCAAACAUCAUCUGUGCUGUCAAAUUGCUCAAGCUGACCGGCUCCGCCUUGGACGACGCGUGGAAAGAACAAGGCAAGACGAUGUUCAUGGACGCGCUGAUCCAGAGGAUAGAAACCAUUGUACUGGAUGCCACGUACAGUAGGGAUGUGCGGCAAAUGCUUCUAAAGCUGGUGGAGCUGCGCUCCAGUGACUGGGGGAGAGUGUGCGCCGCGGUGAGCAGCAAUGCUACGCCCGACAACGACCCCAACUACUUCAUGAAUGAGCCCACUUUCUACACAGAGGACGGAACUCCUUUUACAGCUGCUGACCCAGAAUAUGCCGAGAAAUACCAGGAGCUCAUGGAAAAGCAAGACUACUUCCACGAUUUCGGUGGGGAAAAUGAAACGGAAGAUGAUGAAUACGACUUUGACGACGAGAUGGAUCCGGAGAUCGAAGAAGCCUUUGAGAGUUUCUAUUUGGAGUCAGAGAGGAAACGACAACAAUAACACAAGGGGCCAGUCCAAAAUUGUGAAGCGACCGACGCAAACUACUGUUUCAUAACCUCCGAAUAUUAUUUGGCUGCAUUUUAACAAAGCUGUUUAUAGAUGCAAUUCCGACGGUUUGCCUCCAGACAGAGUAGAUUAGAAAAGGCAGACAAUCCAUGGAGUGAUACUUAAAAUAAAAUAAAAAAAAGCAGUUGGAAGGUUAGUUAUUUUGUCAUUGUAUAUUUCCAUUGUUUUUUUUCCCCAGAAGUAUCAUUCAGCCUUCUUGGGACUAGUUUAAGCCCAAAAUAAGCACCAAGAAGUAUAUGGAUUGCUGUGUCCUUUGUAUUUCUUACAAGUAUAUUCUGGUUUUGUUGCAAGUUAAAAAGUCGAGAGCAGGUGAGCGUCGGAAAUGUGUCAGUAUGUUUAAAGAAUCAAAAUGUCGCCAUCUGUCUGUGGCUCAAGUCCACUGCAUUAAGGAUCCGUCGUCAUCUGACACUCAAGGACUGUUUAUUGGCAACCACAGAGGCUGUCAAAAAGAACGUUCUUUUAUACUAUAUCGUGUGCUGAUGAUAUUUAUAGUAUUGUUUGCCUGCAAUUAAAUCUUUACGAUGUGA